UGCUGGUCCUAUAGACACACACAAACUGUAACAUAUAACAAAAGGCGAUUUUUUUUCCAUUUCACAUCAUUCCAACAAACGUUUCCACAGUGUCAAGAUGAAGCUCGUCUACACAGUUGCUCUCGCUUUCUUGGUGGUUUUGAUUGCCCAAUCGGCUUACGCUUCUGAAAAGCUGUCGGCCCAGGACUAUGCCUACAAUUCCACUUGUCUCAACCACCUCCGCAGUCACAUCAAGCGUGAACUCCAAGCCGCCGUGACUUACCUGGCCAUGGGUGCCUGGGCCAACCAUUAUGCCGUUCAACGCCCAGGUUUGGCCAAUUUCUUUUUCGACAGCGCUUCCGAAGAGCGUGAGCAUGGCCUGAAGCUCCUGGGCUACCUCCGUAUGCGCGGACACAACGACCUGGACAUCCUGCCGUCUUCUUUGGAGCCGCUCAACGGCAAAUACGAAUGGGAGAACUCGCUGUCGGCCCUGCGCCAGGCGUUGAAGAUGGAGAAAGACGUCACCGAGUCCAUCAAGAAGAUAAUCGACUAUUGUGCCGACGCUGAGGACCAUCAAUUGGCUGACUACUUGACUGGCGACUUUAUGGAAGAGCAACUCAAGGGACAACGAAACGUCGCCGGACUCGCUAACACCCUGCAGGGCGUGCUCAGGAAGCAGCCGAGACUUGGCGAAUGGAUCUUUGACAACAACUUGUCCAAAUCAAUGGCCGUUUGAGAGAAUCCUCUCCGCUCCGCCGCUGGAUGGAUACAAGAUCAUCGAAAACUUGUUCUUACCCCCCCAAAAACUUUCGCACACUGCAUUGCGGUCGCCAUUUUCCCCCUCCCCACACUUUUGAAAGUUUAGAACUUUUGUAGUUGAAUAAAAACAGAAAAUUCCUCUUCGAAUUAAUUACAGUCCUUAUUUUAUAGUCUUAUUUGAUCGAUCCCGGUUGUAGCCUUUUAAAAUUUAAGCGGCCGGGAAACAAAUAAACAUUUCUAGACUUU